CGCAACCUGGCAACCACAGCCCAUAGCCAGCCCCGCACCCUCCCGGGGAGGGACUCCCCCGCCGCCCUCGGGCGUCUGCCCAUUGGUGGGCUGACGCGGAGAUCUAGGGCUGGGAGGCUCCUUAGCGGAGAGGAAAGUGGAGAAGACGGGCCAGAUUUGGGACACUUCUGGAGAAAAGGAUCCGUGAAAUUAUGUGAAUACAGAGUAUAUGUCAAAACAAUGGGAGAAAGAGCAAGAAGCACAGAUUUCAAUCAAGACGGAUACUCAGAACAAGAACGAUAUAGUGAUACCUUUUGUUCAGAUGAUUUUGAAAAUUCGUUUGCUUCUACCCUGUCAUCAACCCAGAAGGCCUAUCAUACUCCAUCAGUAAGGAAGAAAGGUACUAAGAUACACAAUUCAGAUAGUCAAGUACAUCAUCACCAAGCCCCUAGAAAAAUAAGCUCUAAGUUUCCAGUAAACAGAAGAGGAUUUCGAAGGGGAUAUCGCAGCGUCAAUAGGGAGCCUGCUCAGGAAGAUAUUGAUCUUCUCACCAAACGGGUUCUUUCUGCCAGACUGCUGAAAAUCAAUGAGCUGCAAAAUGAAGUGACUGAACUCCAGGUCAAAUUAGAUGAGCUGCUAAAAGAAAACAAGGCUUUGAAAAGGCUUCAGUACAGACAGGAGAAAGCCCUGAAUAAGUUUGAAGAUACAGAAAAUGAAAUCUCACAACUUAUAGUCAGACAUAACAAUGAGAUUAAGGUACUAAAAGAGCGCUUAAGAAAAUCUCAAGAGAAAGAACGGGCAACUGAUAAAAAGGUGAAAGACACAGAGUGUGAACUUUAUAAGACAAAAUGUUCUUUAAAGAAACUGAAAAAGCUCUCUGAAUCUAAGCACCUACCUGAACGAGAAGAUCUAGCAAAGAAACUAGUCUUAGCAGAGAACAAAUUAGAUGAUACCGAGAAAAAAAUUAAGGAGCUGUCAAAAAAUCUUGAGCUGAAUGCUAGUAGUUACCAACGACAGUUACAUGCUGAAAAGAAAAGGGCACAUGAUGCUCAGGAUGAAAAUAAAAUUCUCCAAAGGGAGCUACAACGAUUAUAUCAAAAACUGAGGGAAAAAGAGAGAGAACUGGAUGUAAAAAAUAUAUAUUCUAACCGUAUGCUAAAGAAAACUCCUAAGAAAGACAGAGAUGCUUCUCCAAGAAAAUGUGUAUCUGUGACCCACAGUAUUAAAGGAAUAUAUAGCACAAAAGGAGUACAAACCAGUGAAUAUUGCAAAGAAAAUGACGUGUCAUCACCAGCUUUUGUUUCUCAAGACUCACCCAGACCAGAUGAAGAGGAACUUCUUACUCUGGGACAGGAAGACCCAAAAGAUGAAGAUGAAACUGAGACUCCAAGUACAGAAAGAGAAGAGAAACUUCCAAAAGAUGAAGAAGAACUAUGUGUUAUAAAACAAAAAGCUGAGAUUCUUCAAGAUGAUUGGGCAAAAGAGCACCUUAAGGAAAAUCAAACAGAAAGGAUGGUUUUCAUACAGAAAGAAGAAAAACCUACAGCAGAAACAACAGCUUACCAAAUUGAAAAUGAAAAUAGUCAGAGGUCAGAAGAAGACGACGAAGAAGAAGAAGGAGAAGAAGAAGGAGGAGGAGGAGGAGAAGAAGAAGAAGAAGAAAGACUAAAGAAAGAGAUGUUACUUGCUAAAUUGAAUGAAAUUGACAGAGAAAUACAAACCUCUCUGAACUUAAGAAGUUCACACUCACAAUUAAUCUCUCCAGAGAAAAAAUCCCAAAGUUUCAUGUCUCGGAAUCCACUGAGAGGUUAUUUAAUGGGUUUGUUAACCAAGAUGGCAGUUAUGUAUGCACAAAUAAUGACAACCAGAAAAAAAGAAGUAUUUGGAGCCCAACCUCCACCAGUGAUUUCACAUUUGGUAGUUACGUGCCUUCUUUUGGGAGAACAUCAGCGAGGUCGAGUCUGUUUAAUCAAAAGAGUGGCAUCACAGAUUUGCCAAAAAGCACUAAAGAUAGUGGAGAUUUAAGUACAAAAAAGGAGAAAAAAGCUAAUCUCAUGGAGCAACUAUUUGGUGCCAGUGCCAGCAGCACCAUUUCCAGUAAAAAUAGUGUCUCAAGUUCUUUGACUAAUAACAAAGGGGACUUUGACCCUCUAAAUAUACUCCCCAAAGAUAAAGGCAGCAGAGGCAAAGGACAAGAUGAAGAUGAUGAUUUUUUCCUCAGCGAAGAGAGAAGUUUUAACCCAAACAGGCACCGGCUAAAACACACAAACAAUCGACCAGCAGUAAAGGCAGUUGAUUCUUUGGAAGAUGAAAUUGAAGAAGUAGUACUGAGAUGACUAUGCAUAUUUUUCCAAUUCUCCUGAAGACUUCUGCAACCAUACUGAUUGUAAAUUCCUGGCAGAUGCAGACAGAGGUGAAGUCAGAAGAUAUUUCACUGUGUAACAACUCAUUGCUGCCACAACCUGAAAGACUUGUAUGUAGCACAAUCCCUUAAUUUCUCCCCACUAGUAUACUCUUAAACCAGGUGUGAGAUUAUACCUAGUUCUUUCAUUAGAACUCCAGGCCAGCUCUGAGCACAGUCCCUACAGCAAAAGCACUAUCAUUACUCCAAGAAAGACUGCCGGCAGAAAUGUCUCCUUAGUAAUAGAGAUGCGCACUUUAGUUUUGGCAAGCACAGUGAUGUUUCUAUUUUAAUCUAGUGUCUACUUUAUAUUAGUAAAUGUUAUCUGUAUAAUGUAAUUUUUGAUGCAUUAUUGGUUUAAACUGAAGAGCCAAAUAAAAUAUAUUGAACACCAGAAUAUAUGAUAGGUGGAAAUUUAAAUGCAGUUCAUUUAUAAAAAAAGAUACAUGUGUAUGUUAUUAUACCUACAGGCAUGUAUAUUUCUUAACUUAUUCAGUGAAAAAUAUGGUCAACUCAGAAUUAUGUUUCCAUAGUAAUGUAGUUUUGAAAUUUUAACCUACUGUUCGACAUCUGAACCUAUGCUCAAAUAGACACUAAGGGGACAACAUUAGUAUAAUGUUGUCUUGUACUUCUUAGUAAACAGCUGCUCUUUAAGACAGUGACUCUGCUUUGGCAAGUUGAUUUGGGCAGGAGAUAUCUUUUUCAGAUUAUAGUGGUCUCCCCUUGACUACUGUAAUUGACCAUCAGCAGGAGUGUCCUAUAUAUACAAUGAGUAUAUUCAUGUUUUUUUUGGAUUCAACAGAAAAGACACACAGAUCUAGGAUAAGGAAUGAGAAAAAAAUGGUGUGGCAAGGAAUAAAACUCAAGAAUGACAUGUUAUGACAAAUGAUUUAUUUUUCCAUCAAUAUUAUUGAUGAAUUUGGCUAUAUAAGUUUGAUUUCCAAUAACAUGAAUACUAAGGGGCCUCAAAUUGUAAUAGUUAUCUUGGAACCUGUACAAUACCUCUUCAUUUAGUUUGACAAGACUUACCUCAUAAGUCUCUAAUAUAUAUUCUCCCUAUCAUCUCAUAAAAGGUGAUCCUCAGAUAUUAAAAAUGGGCAAAAUAGCACUGACCUAUAUUAAACAGUACUCACUUUCUUAAUAAAGAGACAUUGAUGUCUAAAAGAUAACAUUUAAUAUGUUACAAAUCAUUUUUAAUGUUUGUAAAACAAUUAUUAUUGUAAUACAGUUCUGGUAUACAAUGAUUUUAAUUAUAUUUAUUAUGUAAUGUUAAUUUUGUGCAUAGCUGCUAAUUUUUCUGCCCAAAUGUUCUAAUU